AUGGAACAGGUCGGCGCGCCGCCGCCCGGCGACCUCGCCGCAGCAGCAACGUCGUUCGCCGAACGUGGCGCCACGCCGAUGUUCGUCGCCCGGGGCGGCCAGGUCCUCGGCGUCAUCGCCGUCGCCGACGCGGUGAAGCCGGGCGCGGCUGAUGCGGUGGCGGCCCUGCAUAGGAUGGGAGUGCGGACGGCGAUGCUCUCGGGAGACCGUCCGGAGGUGGCCGCGACGGUAGCAUCCGCGUGCGGCGUCGGCGAGUACCAGGCCGGGAUGCUGCCGGCCGACAAGGCGGAAGUCAUCGCCGGGAUGCAGGCCCAGGGACACACCGUGGCGAUGGUCGGCGACGGCAUCAACGACGCGCCGGCGCUGGCUCGCGCCAACGUCGGGAUUGCCAUGGGCGGUGGAACCGACAUCGCCCGCGAAACGGCGGACGUCACCCUGAUGCGGGACGACCUCGCCGGCGUCGCCACCGCUCUGCGGCUGUCUCGAUCAACCAUGCGCACCAUCCGGCAAAACCUGUUCUGGGCCUUCUUCUACAACACGCUCCUGAUCCCGGUGGCGGCCGGGGCGCUGUACCCGGUGUUCGCCGCGGUGGGGGGAGUGCCGGGAGGCCUGACGUUCUUCUUCGGCGAGGCCGGCUUCCUGAACCCCAUCCUGGCCGCGCUGGCGAUGGCGUUCAGCUCGGUUAGCGUGGUCAGCAACUCUCUGCGACUGCGACGGGCCAACCUGGGGUAA